UUUCGUAUUAUAUAUGCAUUAAUUCAAAUGCGAGAUACAUCGAACGAGAUGAAAAUCUAUAUUUCUGAAACAAAACAGACCUCUUUCUCUAACCUCUCAUUUAACCUAUCAUAUUUAACGGUCCCAAGUAAAAUGUAAUACAAAUUUCAAGUACAUCUAACUCAAUACUCCCUCUUCAAACAUCAAACAAAGAUUCAAGAUCAAAGCGUAUAAAGAGAUAAUAAUAAAAAUAUAAAAUAUCGUAACGGUUUGCAUUUUCGAUCAGAUUUUAUAAAUAGUAAUUGCACAUUAUACACAUACAUAGAAAAAGAUGAGUAUGGAAAAGACUGAUGAUUCUCCCGAAGAUAUUAAACGGGCUACUUCUGUCGACCGUGAAAUAAAAAGAGGGCAAAAGGAUGAUACGUUCGAAGGUUAUCCACGAAUAGUAGAAAAAAAGAAAAGAUGGGUACAUUGCGAACCCGAGAAAAUUCCAAAAAAACCUAAGCACGUGGAUAAAAUAAAUGAGCUUGAUUGCAAAACACAAAGAGGAAGAAGAAAAAAAAAAGAUAGAUUUGCGAUGGUUUCCGUAGUUGGAGAACCUUGUACAUUUCCAAAAUUGAAAGUUAUACCUAGGCAUUGUUUGACAAAACAAGAUUACAUCGAUAUAUUAGCAACUCCAAGCCGUAAAUGUCCACCAGAAUGUGAAAAGAAAAUGGUGCUUAGAAAAUUGAAACCUGUAUCACAACGAAUCAAAGAAUUGGCUCAACCAACAAGACACAAAAUGUUAAUAACUUUACAACAAGGCGCGUCAAUAUUACCUCCAGCUCUUUUGGAUAAUCUCGUUCGAACUGUGGAAAAGGAAACAUGUUUAACUCCUGAGCAAGCUGCAACGAUCUCGCGUAGAAAGAAGAAAACGCGUGGGAAGAAAAGGAAAAAGAGAACUGAUCAAUGGCAAUUUAAAGAGACAAACAAAAUGAAAAGACAAAAUAUUGGUAUUACAACGGUAGGAUCUUUCGAGAAAGAUUCGGUUUCUACUCAAUAUCUGAUAGCUGAGCGUUUCGUUCGAAGUAUCUUAAAAUGGAAAUGUCCAUUCCCUAAAUCAGAGAUUAAAGAUAUCGCAGAAGUGAUAGUUCGACGAUUGAUAAAUGUUCUUGAAUACAGUCAACCAAAAGACGAAGAUCGGAAAUCGCAACAAGUACGUUAUUUGGCUGAUGUAUUAGCCUGUUGGGUGACCGGAGUGCUAUUUGAGGUUGCUCAAUAUCAAGAAGAAAAACUUCUCGAACGAUGUAAAAAGAAAGAAGAAGAAAUGAGAAUAGAUGAAGAGGAAGAGGAAGAAGAGGAGGACGAGGACGAAGAAGUGGAGGAGGAAGAGAUUGAAAAGAAAUAUCCAGACGAGGAUGACGAUGAAGAUGAUUGGGAAGAAGAUGCAAAAAUGAUCGAAGAAGAAGAAGAGAAAGUAAAAGAAGAAGAACCGGAGAAAGAAAUAACGGAGGAAGAAGAAGAGGAGGUUAAACUUGAAAAAGUAGAUGAAGCAGUGGAUGAAGCAGAUAAACCAGUAGAAAUUGAAAAAGAAGCUCAAGUACAACCAGAAGAACAAGAGACAGAGAUACAAACGGAACCACAACCGCAAGUUGAAGCAGAAGUAGAGGCUCGACCACGAAUGGAAGAUACGGAAGCAACAGAACCAGAAUUAGAACUGGUAUUAGAAGUGGAAACAGAAACAGAAUCAGAAGCAGAAGCAGCACAAGAAGUGGAAACGGAAACAGAAUCAGAAGCAAUUCAAGAAACAGAAACAGAAACAGAAGCAGAAGCAGUACAAGAAAUAGGAACAGAACCAGAAUCAGAAACAGUACAAGAAAUGGAAACAGAAACAGAAUUAGAAACACCUAAGGUAGGUGAAGAAAGAACAGAAGCAGAAGAAGAAACAAAACCAGAAGAAAAUAUAAAACAAGAAGAAACUACAAAACCAGAAAUGACAACAGAAGAAAUUACAAAACCGGAAGAAAUUAAGUCAGAACUAGAAGAUAUAAAACCAGAAGAAACUAUAAAACCAGAAUCAGAAAUAGAAGCAGAUAUACAACCAGAAGCAAAACCAGAAACAGAACUUGAAGAGCCAGGUGAAGAGGCAGAAAUAAAAAGAGAAAAAGAGGCAGAACCAAAAGCUGAAGAAAAGGUAGAAGAUGUACCAAAAAUAAAAGAAAAAGAAAUCGAAGUAAGGGUAUCUCCAAAAAAGAUUUCAUUAGAACCUAUGGAAGUACCUAAAGAAAUAGAUAUUAUGAAGACUUUGGAGGACGUAUUUAAAACCGAUCUUCCUUAUCUUACUUUUGACAAAAUAAUCGAUACUAUUUAUAAAAUGAUAGAAAGUGCACCAGAAAAUACGGGUGAAGAUCCAAUAACAAAUGGCAUACAUCGUGCAAUCUACGAAAAGUUGAGUAAUAUAGUAAGAUUGGAAAAUCCAGAUCUCUUAACGGAAGAUUUAAAGAUUACUAUGAAUAUAGUAUGUGGAAAAAUUGCAACUUGGUUAAGAUCGUUAUUAACUCAAUCGCAGCUUGCAUUCAUGGAACAAUAUAUGCCAGAAGUAGAAUCUUUAGAAAUUAGGGACUGGACUAGAUGGCUAGAGUAUAUCAGUGAUGUAGCUAAAGAUUGGAAUAUAUGGUUACGCAGUGUAAUCGAGAAGAUAUUGGAAAUGGAAAGUGAGAAGAUUACUCGUGGAGAAUGGCACGAUUGGACAAAAUCCAUUGAUACCAAAGCUUUACUUUGGAGACGUUUUCAUUUACAAACUCUGCAUCAAGCAAAUCGUAAUCGUACAAUGUUAAUUGGUCGACGUAUUGUUAAAACAGGAACACUAUCGAAAAAGAGAUCAAAAGCACUUAUGCCCGAUAUUUCAGAACGGUUAAUUAAUACUACCGAUUUGCGUGCUUAAUAUGUGACAUCUAUUGAUUUUGUUAUUCUUUUCAAACUUUUUUACUGUUUUCUGCUAUUCUUUAUUUAAAUACUACAAAACAUAUAUGUAUUUAUACAUAUGUAUGAAUUCGUGUAAAUGCAUACAACACAAUUCAAUUAUACAUAUGAUAUUAUUACAUAUUAUGUGAAAUUCAAAUAUUAUAUUAUAUUAAGCACAAUAAUAUUUAAUUAAUGAAAUAUUUGAGAUACAUGUGAGAAUAUCAAUUAAUCAUUUGAUCACAAGUUUAAUAAUAAAUUAUCUUAUUCGACACAAUCAAACAAUAAUCAAAGCAAGGAAA